GGAUUUCCCAUUGCUAAACCCUGGGAGGCUGCGAGGAAGAGGAAGAUGCCCCAGGACACUGAGGCAGAGCAGGAGCUGAGCAUGGAGAGCAGGGAGGACAAAUGCCCGCGGCAGAACCUGGUGGCAGAGGCCGUUUUGAGUGGCUCCAUGGCGCAGGAAGCCAACGCGGAGGAAAAGCCCUGGAAAUGCCGCACGAGGAGGGGCUGCAAACGCAGAUGGCGGGGAUGUGAGGGGGAAAGAGCCAGCCUGGGCCGGGAAGGCGGCCGGAGAUGGAGCCAGAGCUCGGAGCUGGUGCUCCAUGAGCAGCUCCAUGAUGGGGUGAAGCCCCACACAUGCAUGGAGUGUGGGAAGAGCUUCAAGUGGAGCUCUGACCUGAUCAAGCACCAAAGGACCCACACUGGGGAACGGCCCUAUGAGUGUGAUCAAUGCAGGAAGAGGUUUCAGACCAGCUCCAAUCUCCUCCUGCACCAGCACACACACACAGAGGAGAGGCCCUUCCGCUGCCCUGACUGCGGGCAGGGCUUCAGGCGAAACACACAUCUUGUCAGGCACCAGCGCAUCCACACUGGGGAGAGGCCCCACGAGUGUGAGGAAUGUGGGAAGAGCUUCAGCCGGUGCUCCAGCCUGAUCCGCCACCAAAGGACCCACACUGGGGAACGGCCCUAUGAGUGUGGGGAGUGUGGGAAGAGCUUCAGACAGAGCUCUAACCUGAUCCAGCACCGGAACAUCCACACUGGGGAACGGCCCUACCAGUGUGGGGAAUGUGGGAAGAGCUUCAGCCAGCAUUCCUACCUGCUCUGCCACCAAAAGAUCCACACAGGGGAGAGGCCCUAUGAGUGUGAUAAAUGCAAGAAGGGGUUUCAGAGCAGCUCCAGUCUCCUCCGGCACUAUCGGAUUCACACAGAGGAGAGGCCCUUCCAAUGCCCUGACUGCGGGAAGGGAUUCCAGCGCAAUUCCCACCUCAUCAGACACCGGCGCAUCCACACUGGGGAGAGGCCCUACGAGUGUCCCCAGUGUGGGAAGAGCUUCUCACAGAGUUCUCAUUUGACCCGACACCAACGGAGGCACCAGUAAGGGAAGCCCUGCGAGUGCCCCGAGUGCGGGAAGAGCUUCGUGUGCUGCUCCAGCUCCAUCCUCCACUGGAGAAGGCACUUUGGGCAUAGCCCUGGUGGCCCAUAUUCCUCAUGAUCCAUGUUCAUCCCUUAAAAACAGUCAAAACAGGGUUAAAUGAAAUAAAUUGAUCAAAGAUGUCUAAAGUUCCACAAUUUCAGAGGUUUUUAAGGGGGAAUUGAUGGUUUGGGGAAAUAUUCUGGAGGACUUGUGGGUUCUGGGCAGGGGGGAUUUUGCGCAGUGUUCUUCAUCUCUGUGCACUCCAAAAGCCAAGAGGGUCACCUCAAAACAACUGAAUCCCACUUAAAACAACUGAAUUUUAAUUCAUACGGGCUCAAUCCCACUUCAUAAUGGCUUGUUGCCACCUCAAAAAAACUCAGUCCCAUGCCAGACUCACUUGAUUCCACAGCCGCCAUGGUGAGAUGGGGUUGGAAGGAGACUGGGAGAAUUGGGAUCCAAAUUUGGUACGGUGGCGUGGGGAUUGUGUGAGGCUGGGUGGGUGGGAUGUAUUUGAUAUCAAAUAAAACUUUCAGAGUUA